CGGGGGCUGGCAGGGCUGUGAGUCUCCGUGAGCCGCUGGAAGGAGCAGCUCAGCUUGCUCGGUUGCCUUGGUCUCUGUGGGCAGCAUCGAGGGGGCUCAGGGAGGAGCAGCUGCAGAGAGGAAGAAGGCGUGUGAGCCGCGUUCCCGGGCUUGCUCCUUCACCACCAGCUGCUCCUGCCUGGCAGAGCCCAGGCUCUCCACACCAGCAUGGCCCUGCUCGUCCAUCUCAAGACGGUCUCAGAGCUGCGGGGCAAGGGUGACCGGAUCGCCAAAGUGACUUUCCGAGGGCAAUCCUUCCACUCCCGGGUCCUGGAGAACUGUGAGGAUGUGGCCGACUUUGACGAGACCUUCCGGUGGCCAGUGGCCAGCAGCAUCGACAACAGUGAGAUACUUGAGAUUCAGAUCUUCAACUACAGCAAAGUAUUCAGCAACAAGCUCAUUGGGACCUUCCGCAUGGUGCUGCAGAAGGUGGUAGAGGAGAACCACGUGGAGGUGACCGAUACACUGAUCGAUGACAACAAUGCGAUCCUCAAGACCAGCCUCUGUGUGGAGGUCCGGUAUCAGACUACAGAUGGCACAGUGGGCUCCUGGGAUGAUGGCGACUUCCUGGGGGAUGAGUCCAUUCAAGAGGAAGAGAAGGACAGCCAGGAGACAGAUGGGCUGCUCCCCAGCUCCCGCCCCAACUCCCGGCCACCAGGAGAGAAGAGCUUCCGGAGCAAAGGCAGAGAGAAGACCAAGGGAGGCAGAGAUGACGAGCACAAAGCCGGGAGGAGUGUGUUUUCCGCCAUGAAACUCGGCAGGAACCGGUUCCACAAGGAGGAUCACCAAAGACAAGAUGAACCAGCCGUGCUGGAGAUGGAGGACCUUGAUCGCCUGGGCAUCCGGCUUGCAGAGGGGCUGGAUCCCGACUCUGUGUCUUUAGCCUCUGUCACAGCUCUCACCACCAAUGUCUCCAACAAGCGGUCCAAGCCAGACAUUAAGAUGGAGCCAAGUGCCGGGCGGCCCAUGGAUUACCAGGUCAGCAUCACAGUGAUUGAAGCUCGGCAGUUGGUGGGCUUGAACAUGGACCCUGUGGUGUGCGUGGAGGUGGGCGAUGACAAGAAGUACACAUCCAUGAAGGAGUCCACUAACUGCCCCUAUUAUAAUGAGUACUUCGUCUUCGACUUCCAUGUCUCUCCUGAUGUCAUGUUUGACAAGAUCAUCAAAAUCUCGGUGAUUCACUCCAAGAACCUGCUGCGCAGCGGCACCCUGGUGGGGUCCUUCAAAAUGGAUGUGGGAACCGUGUACUCCCAGCCUGAGCACCAGUUCCACCACAAGUGGGCCAUCCUGUCUGACCCUGACGACAUCUCCGCUGGGCUAAAGGGCUACGUGAAGUGUGACGUUGCCGUUGUGGGCAAGGGGGACAACAUCAAGACGCCCCACAAGGCCAACGAGACGGAGGAGGAUGACAUUGAAGGGAACUUACUGCUCCCCGAGGGGGUGCCCCCUGAACGCCAGUGGGCCCGGUUCUACGUGAAAAUCUACCGAGCAGAGGGCCUGCCCCGUAUGAACACCAGCCUCAUGGCCAACAUGAAGAAGGCUUUCAUCGGGGACAACAAGGACCUGGUCGACCCCUACGUACAAGUCUUCUUUGCCGGCCAGAAGGGCAAGACCUCAGUGCAGAAGAACAGUUACGAGCCGCUGUGGAACGAGCAGGUCGUCUUUACAGACCUGUUCCCUCCACUCUGCAAGCGCAUGAAGGUGCAGAUCCGGGACUCGGACAAAGUCAACGACGUGGCCAUCGGCACCCACUUCAUUGACCUGCGCAAGAUCUCUAACGAUGGAGACAAAGGCUUCCUGCCCACGCUGGGUCCAGCCUGGGUGAACAUGUAUGGUUCUACACGCAACUACACGCUCCUGGAUGAGCACCAGGACCUGAAUGAGGGCCUGGGUGAGGGCGUGUCUUUCCGUGCCCGCCUCAUGCUGGGCCUGGCUGUGGAGAUCCUGGACACUUCCAACCCUGAGCUCACCAGCUCCACGGAGGUGCAGGUGGAGCAGGCCACGCCUGUGUCGGAGAGCUGCACAGGGAAAAUGGAAGAAUUCUUUCUAUUUGGAGCCUUCCUGGAGGCCUCAAUGAUCGAUCGGAAAAACGGAGACAAGCCAAUCACCUUUGAGAUCACCAUAGGCAACUACGGGAAUGAGGUUGAUGGCCUGUCAAGACCCCAGCGGCCUCAGCCUCGGAAGAAUCCCGGGGACGAGGAGGAAGUUGAUCUGAUCCAGAAUUCCAGUGAUGAUGAGACCGAGGACGGUGGCGACCUGGCCUCCGUCUCCUCCACCCCACCCAUGCGGCCCCAGAUCACCGACAGGAACUACUUCCAUCUGCCCUACCUGGAGCGCAAGCCCUGCAUCUACAUCAAGAGCUGGUGGCAGGACCAGCGCCGCCGCCUCUACAAUGCCAACAUCAUGGACCACAUCGCAGACAAGCUGGAAGAAGGGCUGAAUGACGUGCAAGAGAUGAUCAAAACGGAGACGUCCUACCCAGAGCGCCGACUGCGGGGCGUCCUGGAGGAGCUCAGCAGUGGCUGCCACCGCUUCCUCUCCCUUGCUGACAAGGACCAAGGCCACGCUUCACGUACCAGGCUUGAUCGAGAGCGCCUCAAAUCGUGCAUGAGGGAGCUGGAGAACAUGGGACAGCAGGCGAAGUCCUUGCGGGCACAGGUGAAGCGACACACAGUGCGGGACAAGCUGAGGCUGUGCCAGAACUUCCUGCAGAAACUGCGCUUCCUGGCAGAUGAGCCCCAGCACAGCAUCCCCGACGUCUUCAUCUGGAUGAUGAGCAACAACAAGCGGAUCGCCUAUGCCCGCGUGCCCUCCAAGGACCUGCUCUUCUCCAUCGUGGCGGAGGAGCUGGGCAAGGACUGUGCCAAGGUCCAGACACUCUUCCUCAAGCUGCCAGGUAAACGGGGCUUCGGCUCAGCUGGCUGGACGGUGCAGGCCAAGCUGGAGCUCUAUCUGUGGCUGGGCCUCAGCAAGCAGCGCAAGGACUUCCUGUGCGGCUUGCCCUGUGGCUUCGAGGAGGUCAAGGCAGCCCAGGGCCUGGGCCUGCACUCCUUCCCACCCAUCAGCCUGGUCUACACCAAGAGGCAGGUGUUCCAGCUCAGAGCUCACAUGUACCAGGCUCGCAGCCUCUUUGCCGCGGACAGCAGUGGCCUCUCGGACCCCUUUGCCCGCGUCUUCUUCAUCAAUCAGAGUCAGUGCACAGAGGUGCUGAAUGAGACCUUGUGCCCCACCUGGGACCAAAUGCUGGUGUUUGACAACCUGGAGCUGUACGGGGAAGCUCAUGAGAUGCGAGACGACCCCCCCAUCAUUGUCAUUGAAAUCUACGACCAGGAUUCCAUGGGCAAAACCGACUUCAUGGGCCGGACCUUCGCCAAGCCCCUGGUGAAGAUGGCUGAUGAGGCGUACUGCCCACCCCGCUUCCCAGCCCAGCUCGAGUACUAUCAGAUCUACCGAGGCAACGCCACGGCCGGAGACCUCCUGGCUGCCUUCGAGCUGCUGCAGAUUGGCCCGGAAGGGAAGGCCGACCUGCCACCCAUCAGUGGCCCCGUGGACACGGAUCGGGGUCCCAUCAUGCCUGUGCCCGUGGGCAUCCGGCCCGUGCUCAGCAAAUACCGAAUCGAGGUGCUGUUCUGGGGCCUGCGGGACCUGAAGAGGGUGAACCUGGCCCAGGUGGACCGGCCACGGGUAGACAUCGAGUGUGCCGGGAAGGGGGUGCAGUCGUCCCUGAUCCACAAUUACAAGAAGAACCCCAACUUCAGCACUCUCGUCAAGUGGUUUGAAGUGGACCUGCCGGAGAACGAACUCCUGCACCCGCCCUUGAACAUCCGAGUUGUAGACUGCCGGGCCUUUGGCCGCUACACCCUGGUGGGCUCCCAUGCUGUCAGCUCCCUUCGGCGCUUCAUCUACCGGCCCCCAGAGCACUCAGCCUCCAACUGGAACACCACGGGGGAGGUCGUGGUGAACAUGGAGCCAGAGGUGACUGUCAAGAAGCUGGAGACCAUGGUAAAGCUGGACGCGACUUCUGAUGCCGUCAUCAAGGUGGAUGUGGCUGACGAGGAGAAGGAGAAGAAGAAAAAGAGGAAAAAGGGCAGCUUGGAAGAGCCAGAGGAAGAAGAACCAGAUGAGAGCAUGCUGGACUGGUGGUCCAAGUACUUUGCCUCCAUCGAUACCAUGAAGGAGCAACUUCGACAGCAAGAGGCCUCAGGAAUGGACCUGGAGGAGAAGGAGGAGAUGGACAGCACUGAGGUCCUAAAGGGGCCAAUGAAGGUCAAGGAGAAGGCAAAGGCUGCAAAGGAGGAGAAGAAGAAGAAAACCCAGAGCCCAGGCCCCGUCCAGGGGCCUGAGGCCCCUGAGAAGAAGAAACCCAAGAUUGAUGAGCUUAAGGUGUACCCCAAGGAGCUGGAGUCAGAGUUUGACAACUUUGAGGACUGGCUGCACACCUUCAACCUGCUGCGGGGCAAGACGGGGGAUGACGAGGAUGGCUCCACGGAGGAGGAGCGCAUCGUGGGCCGGUUUAAGGGCUCCCUCUGCGUAUACAAAGUGCCACUUCCAGAGGACGUGUCCCGGGAAGCUGGCUACGACCCCACCUAUGGCAUGUUCCACGGCAUCCCCAGCAAUGACCCCAUUAAUGUGCUGGUCCGUGUCUACGUAGUCCGGGCCACGGAUCUGCACCCCGCAGACAUCAAUGGCAAAGCCGACCCGUACAUCGCCAUCCGGCUGGGCAAGACUGACAUCCGAGACAAGGAGAACUACAUCUCCAAGCAGCUCAACCCUGUCUUUGGGAAAUCCUUUGACAUCGAGGCCUCCUUCCCUAUGGAAUCCCUGCUGACAGUGGCCGUGUACGACUGGGAUUUGGUAGGCACUGACGACCUCAUUGGGGAAACCAAGAUUGACCUGGAGAACCGAUUCUACAGCAAGCACCGUGCCACCUGCGGCAUCACCCAGACCUAUUCCAUACAUGGCUACAAUAUCUGGCGGGACCCCAUGAUGCCCAGCCAGAUCCUGACCCGCCUCUGCAAGGAGGGCAAAGUGGACGGCCCCCACUUCGGGCCCCCCGGGAGAGUGAAGGUGUCCAACCGGGUCUUCACUGGGCCCUCCGAGAUCGAGGAUGAGAACGGUCAGAAAAGGUCCACAGAUGAGCACGUGGCACUGUGCGCCCUGCGUCACUGGGAGGACAUCCCCCGAGUGGGCUGCCGUCUGGUGCCAGAACACGUGGAGACGCGGCCACUGCUCAAUCCUGACAAGCCAGGCAUCGAACAGGGCCGCCUGGAGCUGUGGGUGGACAUGUUCCCCAUGGACAUGUCAGCCCCCGGGACGCCUCUGGACAUCUCACCCCGCAAGCCCAAGAAGUAUGAGCUACGGGUCAUCGUGUGGAACACGGAUGAGGUGGUCCUGGAGGAUGACGACUUCUUCACUGGGGAGAAGUCCAGUGACAUUUUUGUGCGGGGGUGGCUUAAAGGCCAGCAAGAGGACAAGCAGGACACUGACGUCCACUACCACUCCCUGACCGGCGAGGGCAACUUCAACUGGCGCUACCUCUUCCCCUUCGACUACCUGGCUGCGGAGGAAAAGAUCGUCAUCUCCAAGAAGGAGUCCAUGUUCUCCUGGGACGAGACUGAAUAUAAGAUCCCAGCUCGGCUCACCCUGCAGAUCUGGGAUGCUGACCACUUCUCUGCCGACGAUUUCCUGGGGGCCAUCGAGCUGGACCUGAACCGAUUCCCACGGGGCGCGAAGACAGCCAAGCAGUGCACCAUGGAGAUGGCCACGGGGGAGGUGGACGUGCCCCUGGUGUCCAUCUUCAAGCAGAAGCGUGUCAAAGGCUGGUGGCCCCUCCUGGCCCGCAAUGAGAAUGACGAGUUUGAGCUCACGGGCAAGGUGGAGGCAGAGUUGCAUCUACUGACAGCCGAGGAAGCAGAGAAGAAUCCAGUGGGUUUGGCCCGCAAUGAGCCUGACCCCCUAGAGAAACCCAACCGGCCGGACACCGCCUUCGUCUGGUUCCUCAACCCCCUCAAGUCCAUCAAGUACCUCAUCUGCACGCGGUACAAGUGGCUCAUCAUCAAAAUCGUGCUGGCGCUGCUGGGGCUGCUCAUGCUGGCCCUCUUCUUCUACAGCCUCCCCGGCUACAUGGUCAAGAAGCUCCUGGGGGCGUGAAGGCCCCACGGCCUCCCGCCGCUCCUCUCCAGGGCCUGUGCGUUUGCCCUCCUCUGGCGUGGACUUUCCUCUCUCCGGGAAGCCCGAGGAGCCCUGCGUGCACACUUUAGGCCUCGGGUCCCAGGAGCCUGUCUCCUGCUUGCUGGGCUGGUGACACCCCACUGCCCAUCCUCAUCACCCCAAGCCUGCUGCUCGCUGGGUCCUGCCCCUCUGGGCCCUGCCUGUCGGGUGGGGAGUGUGGAUGGGGGUGCUCAGGCACCACCCUUCUUCAGGCCUUAGCUCCAGAAGAAGCUGCCUCCAACCCCCCGACCCCCACCCCCCAGGCCUUCCAGUUCAGGACUAAAGCUUUCAUGAAAUUAACCCAGAAUCAUGUCAUGGGUUUUGAAAAGAAUGAGCAAAAAAGCAUCACCCGCACCUCCCCCAGACAUAAUCUUGUGAGGACAGCCUUCACCACCGGUCUUUGUUCUGCAGAAGUGGGCCAGACCCUUCCUACUUAUCCUGCGGGGUGGCUGCUCCCUUCCAUCCCACCACCCCACACACACACUCCACGUGGCUCCUCCCCCUGCCCAGGCAGCCCCAGUCGCUUCCCAGAGCUUCCUCUGCCCAGGCUGGUGCAGGCCUAGAUGAGGAGCAGUGGGAGUGAACCCCUGUGGCCCACCUCCCACAGGCAACCCCCGCGCCCCCCAGAGCCUAUCCUUCCAGCCCU